AUGGCAAAUAAUUCAAUGUAUAAUUUAUUAAUUGAAAAAAAAAAUAUAAAUAUACUUAAAGACAAUUUUGAUUUUACUUCAUUAAAAAAUAAUGAGGAAUAUAAAAUUAGUUUAAAUCCUGAGUAUAUUCAAGGUUAUUAUGGAUGUAAAAAUAAUUUACUUAAAUUUGCAUACAAAAAAAUUAUAUAUUCAUAUAAUAAUUUGAUAAUUAUAUACGAUUUAUUAAAUCAAAACCAGUCAAUUUUUUCUGAACAUAAAAAUAAAGUUAUCUUCUUCAGAUGCAAAGAAAAUUGUAGAACAGUUCUAAGUGCAGAAGAUAGUAAUAAUAAAAUAAAAAUAUUUAUAUGGAAUAAAUUAAAUUUACAAAUUUUAACACACAUAAAAAUAAAAAAGGAGAAUUUUUUAGAUAUAGAUUUUUUAAAUGAUAAGAAUAUAUUACUACUAUGUAAACAUUAUGAUAAGUUAAUAUUUUUUGUAUUCUUUGUUAUAUAUAAAAAAAAAAAUGUACUGUUAAAAAAGAAGUAUGUAAAUGUCAUAAAAAAAUUAGAUGAUCUUGAUUUAGCAAAAAAAAAAGAGAAUUUGAAAAAUAAUGACCAUAUUUUUACAAAUUUAGAUAAACUUAUAACGAAAGAAAUAAAAAGAUAUAAGGCAUGUAAUAUAUUUAAGAAAAAAGAUGAAGAAUAUAUUAAAAUUUGUAUGCAUUCAAUUUUAAAUAAAAUAAAAAAAAAAAAAAAAAAAAAAUUUGGAAAUUAUGAAAAAUACAAACCUAUGUACAAUAUAUUAAAACAAAAUAAAAAAUUAAAAAAAAAUUUAUAUAAAAAAAAUUAUUUUAAAAAGUUAAAUGGGGAAAUUGUAAGUUGUGUAAAAAUUAAAAAAUACAAAAAACAUAAUAUCUUUUUCUAUUAUAUCACUUUUAUAAAACCAUUUAAAAAAUGCAAAAAAAGUUAUAAUGUAUUAUUAGGAAAUUUUAAAAUAUUUGUAGAUAUUAAUAAAAUUAUAUGUAUAUAUAAUGAGGAAUAUGUGUUUAUAUAUCUAUUGAAAAAUUAUAUUCUUUAUGAAAAGUUAAAAUAUAAAAACUUUCAAUGUAAUUGUUAUUUAGAUGAUAAUGCGUUCUCAUUAAUUAAACAAAAUCAUAGUUUUUUUUCUAUAUUUCAUUUCUAUAUAUUUAUAAAAAAACUUAUUCUAAAUCAGCACAUUUGUUUUAAAAAGGAUAUUUUUUUACCACAUAAAAAUCAUUUCGAAGAUAAUAUUUUAAAAAGCAAUCAAGAGGAAAAAAGAGAAAUAGACGAAGAUGAUAAAAAUAAAAAAGAAUCAGGAGAGAAAUAUGUUGAUGGGCAAAGCGAAUUAAAUAUAUCAAGUAUUUCAAAUAAUUCAUCACAUAAUUGUUUAUCAAAAAAUAUGAAUGAUUAUUUUAAUUUUUUUAUUAAUGAUGAAAUAAAUGUAGUUGAAAUUAUUACUUUUAUAUCUACAAAAGAAGAUAAUGAUAUGGAUAUAAUUUUUAACUUACAGAAAUGUGCUAAAAAGAAAAAAAAAAAAGAUUUUGAAAGAAAAAAAUAUUUUGUUAUAGGGACAAAAAAUGGAGUAAUUAUAAUUAUUGAUUUUACAGAACCACAUAAAAUUGUGCAUUUAGAGAAAAUAUGUAGCGAUAAUAUUGUCUCCAUUUUUAUUUUUCAAAAUAAUGUAUUAAUAUUAAAUUGUUUGGGUAUUUUGUUUUUUAUGAAUGCUUAUAAUUUCAAAGUAUAUAAAAAUAUUAACAUAUUUGAAAAGAACAAUAAAAAUGACCUUUCUUUUUUAACCAAUAGUAAUUUACAGGAUUAUGAUAUUUCUCCCAAUAUAUUAGAAAAAAAAUUAAAUUCUUUUAGAAAUAAUAAAUCUAACAAAAAUAACUCAAAAAACAAUAAUGUUAUUAGAAAAAAAUCAGGAGAUACAUGUAAAAAUAAAGAAAAUAGUAUUAUUUACUACAAAGAAAAAAAAAAUAACCAUGUUAAUAUAUUUGAGAAUUGUCUAAAAAAAAGUAGUUUGAAUGAACUUGAAAAUAAAUAUAUAUAUUCAAGUUGUUUACUGGAUAUUUAUAUUUUAGUUAUAGGAACGUCAGACAAUGAAAUAAUAAUUUAUGAUUUAAUUAAUAAUGAAAUUUGUUUUAUUUGUAAAAAAAAUUACAAAAUAAAUUAUUUCAUACUUGAAGAUGAUAAUAUUAUUUAUAACAUUGAAAAUUCGUUAUAUAAAAUGAAUUUAAUUAAUUAUAAUUCUUUUAAGUUAUUAACUUUAGCUAAAAUAAAUAUCAGCUCAUUUGUUUUUUACUCAGAUAGUAUUUUAAUAUGUGGUACAUUUAAAGGUAACUUAUAUUUUUUUGAUAUUUCAAACAAUAAUGUAAAAGUUAUUAACAAAAUAGAAAGAAAAAGAUUUGUGCAAAAAGAAGUAUUCCACAAUAGUUUUAAGAGUAAUGAAAAACAAAUUAUUUUUUCUAUUAGGAAGGUUAUUAACAAAAAAUUUGUAAGAAAAUCAAAUAUCAUAGAAAAAGAAGUACAUAAUGAUAGAAUAAUAAGGUUAGUUUUAAAUAAAUCAAAAACUUUUUUAUUAUGUUCUUUAAAACAUAUGAUAUUUUUAUUUAAAUUAAGUAUUUCGGGAAAUGAGAAAAUUGAUUUAAAAUGUGUGCGUUAUUUCAACAUUAAUAACAUUAUACAUAUAAGUUUAUUAAAAAAAUUUGAUAAUUUAUUUUAUAUUGCAACAAAAGAAAAUAAUAAUUGUUACAGUUAUCAUCUAUGUUCCUUUAAUUCGGCAAAAAUAAAAAAAGAUAAAUUGGAUUGUAUAUAUUUUAAUAUACUAUAUGAAAAUACUUGGAUUUGCGAAUUUUUUUAUUAUAAUGGUGAAAAUUUUAUUUUAACGGAAAACAACUUAGAUAAAAAUAAAAAGAGAUGUAUAAUGCUUUUAGACUCUUUUUCUUUCAUUAUAUAUUCAUAUAAAAUUAAUAGAACUAAUAAUUUUUCUUGUAACAAUUCAAAUUAUUCGAUAAAAAAUAAAACUUCUAAUGAAACAAUUAAUAAAAUUUAUGAUAAUAAAAAUUAUUGCUUAGAUGUACAAAAAAAGAAUAAUUUUACAAAUAAAAUUAAGAAUUCAAAUACAUUAGCUAAUGAAAAAAAAUUUGAUAUUAAAAAAAAAAAUAUCUUUAGAAAAACUAAAAAGGUAAAUUCUGAAAUUCACGUAUGUUUAAAAAAAAUAGAAGCAAUGAAGAUUUCUAGUAAUGUAAGAUUCAACAAGGAUUUAACUAAUAAAUUGAAAAGGAAAGAAAAAGAAGAAGAAAAUAAAAAAAAAAGGGAAAAAGAAAAAGAAGAGGAAAAGAGAAAAAAAAAACUUAAGGAAAUAAAAAAAACCAAUGUAGAUAAGGAGAAACAAAUAGAAGGAAUAAAAGAAAGAAAAAAUAUAGAGAAUAAUGAAAAUAAAAUAAAGCAAAUAAAUGAAAAAAAAAAGGAUCAAAAUAAAAAAAAAGGUGGUAAAAAAACACGUAUAUAUAUAAAUUCACAUAAUCAACCAAAAGUAAAAGAAUCAAACAUAAAAGAAAUAAAAUCGUCUAAUUUAAGUGUGGUAGAAAAUAAAAUAUAUGCCCAAGAUAAUAUUAAUAAUAUAAUUGUCCAAAAAAAAAUUUUUAAAAGCAAUCAUAAGUUAAAUAAUAGAUUACUAUUAAAAGAUGUUUUAAAAACAUAUAAAGAAGAUGAAAUUUUAAUGAAAAGUAAAAUAAACACUCAUGAAAAAAAAAAAAUUUCUUAUAUAAAAUACAAAUUAUUAAGAAAUAUUUUGCAAAAAAAAAAUGUUGAAUUAUUUAAUCAUAAAAAAUUAAUCAACGAAAGUAAUAACAAUGAAAAAAAAAAAUCGGAUGAAAUCAAAGAGUAUAAUUAUGAGGAUCAUGAAAAAAAGGUGUCAUAUUUAUUUUUAAAUAAAAAAAGUAGUGAAAAAAUCAACUUUUAUAAAACAUAUGAUAAAAAAGAAAAAGAAGUAUUAAUUAAUGACCAGUAUCAAAAGGGUGAUGAAUCUAUAGAUAAAGGGGAAAUUAAGAAAAAUAUUGACGAAAGUAAUUAUAUACUAAAUUAUUUAAGGAAAUACUUAAACACAAAUAUUUUAAAAGAAAAUGUAUUAAAUGAAAAACAAAGUAAUACAAAAAAUUAUGAUAAUGAUACUUCAUUAGUUAAAAGACACUUAGAUGAUUAUUUUAUUUCAAACGAAAGUAAUGUUAGUAAUAUUACAAUAUAUAAAAAUAACAAUAAAAAUAAUAUAAUAUCCAAAAAAGACAUAGUCUUUUAUCUCACAAAGGAAUUAGAUAAGGUGAAUAAUGAAGAAAAUGAAAAUUUAAAUAAAAAGGAGGUUAAUAAAAUUAGUAAAAAUUGUGAUAAUAAUUGUGAAAGAAUCAACAAUUAUAAAAGCAACAAUUAUGAAUGUAAUAAAUGUGUUAACAAUGAUGAAAAUAGUAUUAAUGAUAAUAAAUGCACAUAUCUUAAUUGUGAUAAUAAGAUUACAUAUAUAAAAGAUAAUAUUUCUUAUAAAAAUUAUUUAUAUUUUAAUAGUGAUAACAAUGAAAAUAAUAAAAAUAAUAAUCAUAACAGAAAUUAUCCACAAUAUAAUGACACAAGUGAUAAUAAUAAUCACAAAAAAAGUAAUUACAUUGACAAGAAAUAUCAAAAUAAUUAUUAUGAUGUUAAUAAUUUCGGUAAUAAAAAUCAUACAAAUAAGAUUUGUCAUUUUAGAUAUAAUAAUGAAAUAAAUUAUGGAAAAUUUGUUAGCAGUAAAAGUAGCUAUAAAAAAAAUACUCAUUUAAAAAGAAAUAGCGAAAUAAAUUCUAUUUUUAAUAUAUGUAAUGAUGGAAUAAAUACAAAUACACAUAUAAAAAAAAUUUAUGUUGAUAACUUAAAAUAUGUUAAAUAUAACAUUAUGAGCUUAGAUAUAAUGAAAGAUAAGCGCAAAAAAAAUUCAAUAGGCACAAAUCAUAUUAAUAAAUAUUUUAGUAUUUUAAAUAACAAUUCUAAAAACAAAAAUUUGAAUAUAUUUGCAAAUAAUUCAAACAAAGAUUUUUAUAAGAAUGAAUAA